AUGGACGCCCAAAAACAGCUCCAAGCUCUCUCGGACGAGUACCAGCAGAUGCAAACUGAGCUGGAGGGUCUGGUUGAAGCCCGCCAGAAGCUCGAGUCACAGCAACAGGAGAACCAGGGCGUACAGAGCGAAUUCGCUGAGCUGGAUGACGAAUCUAAUAUCUACAAACUUGUUGGCCCUGUGCUAUUGAAGCAAGAUAAAUCCGAGGCCAUCAUGGCCGUCAACGGACGGCUCGAAUUCAUCGAGAAGGAGAUCAAGCGCAUUGAGAAGGAAAUCCAGGACAAGCAAGAGAGCAGCGAAAAGAAGCGCGCAGAGAUCGUGCAAUUCCAGAGCCAGGUCCAGCAACAAGCCGCGGAGGCCUCAGCAUGA